AUGGUUGGCCAGUUGCUACUUCAUAUCACUCUGUUCUUGUGGUCGAUGAGUAAUGAACUACUAGCAGUAGCAUCAGAAGCAUCCUUGGCAAAACCAAAUUGUUCGGUGCAAUGCGGAGGAAUCACAUUUAACAUUUCCCUUCAAAACAUGAACUGCAAUCCUAGUGAUUAUGAGCGGUACAAUUUUGAGCGAUGUUCUUGCAAAAAAACUCCUAUCUUCUUGAUGGAUGUCAAGUACUUAUUUGUACGUUACCCUAAUUUUUCUACUCAUUUGGAGUACUUCCAAUCAAGCCAAUUUACAGAGAAGAGCGAUGUUUAUAGCUUUGGCGUGGUCCUUGCUGAGCUCUUGACUGGACAAAAACCAGUUUCUUUCAUGAGGUCACAAGAAAGCAGAAGUCUAGCAACUUAUUUCCUGCUUUCCAUGGAGAAUAAUCUUCUAUUUGAUAUUCUUGAUUCUCAAGUUAUGAAGGAUGGUAGAAAGGAAAAGAUUACAGCAGUUGCUAACCUUGCUGUUAGAUGCUUGAAUUUGAAUGGAAGGAAUCGUCCUACUAUGAAAGAAGUAGCAGUGGAGUUGGAGGGAAUUCAAUUGUCAGUUAGAGCUGAGACUGAUGUUCAACAAGUUUUCCCAGAGGUCCGAUGUGUCCAAACUCAGGAAAUAAAUGAGGUUUGGGAUGUUGUUUCUUCAUCAACAGGUGCUUGUACGGAUGGCGGUACAGCUUCCUUGUUCGUAGACAAGGCGGAUUCGGAAUUGUCUUUCAUUCCAAGGCAUAACUUGUAUCCAUGCGCUUCAUAUUCGCCUGGAGUUCGCUCCCAGAAAUAUAGCCAUCCCUACCCCCUCACGUCAAUCCCACGAGCCUCUUAUCCAUUCUCAUUCGAUCACGGCGGGGAAGCAAGUAAAAAUAGAAAAACUCACAUUGGGUUUAGGGAUAAUCAGGCUCGAACUGAUGACUUUCACCACGUCAAGGUGACACUCUACCGCUGA